CACGCCUUAGCCAAGUCCACCACACGCCGACAGAUCACGCCCAGGAAAUAUGGCUGACGAGGACGUGUACAUGGCCAAGCUGGCCGAGCAGGCCGAGCGGUACGAGGAGAUGGUGGAGUACAUGAAGAAGGUCGCCACGGCUGCGUCGGACGACCUCUCGCUCGAGGAGCGCAAUCUGCUCUCGGUCGCCUACAAGAACGUCGUGGGCGCGCGCCGCGCAUCGCUGCGGAUCAUCAACUCGAUUGAGGCCAAGGAGGCGGAGAAGGGGUCGGAGAAGGCGCCGCUGAUCAAGACGUACCGCGUCAAGGUGGAGGGCGAGCUGCAGUCCAUCUGCACCGACAUCCUCAAGCUGCUCGACGGCACGCUGAUUGACCGCGCAAAGGACAAGCGAGAGGGCGCCUCCGAGGCCUCCGUCUUUUACCUCAAGAUGAAGGCCGACUACUACCGCUACCUGGCCGAGUUCGCCACGCCGGCCUCGAAGCUGGAGCCCGCGAACAAGGCGGGCGAGGGGUACAAGGCCGCCUCGACCACCUGGAUCAACCGGGCGCCCACCCCCCCGAUCCGGUUCGGUCUUGCGCUCAACUACUCCGUCUUCCGGUACGAGGGGCAGACCCUGACGGAGCCGGCGUGCGACCUCGCGAAGCGGGCCUUCGACGAGGCGAUCGCCGAGCUCGACACGCUCGACGAGGAGUCCUACAAGGACUCGACCCUCAUCAUGCAGCUGCUGCGCGACAACCUGACGCUCUGGACGAGCGAGGAGAACGAAUCGUGAGGCCCAGACUCGGCCCAAACUACUCUGCCCGAGUCUCCCUUCCCUUCCCCCCUCUUCCCCCCUUGGCCCACACCCCCGGCGGCGUCCGUGCGCCGGCACUCAACCCCCAUCGCGCGGGCGCGCCAGUGCGCGCGCAGCCCGCGCGCUGAGGGAGAGGUCGGGGAGCGGGACGGAGAGAGAGGGGGGAGGGGGGUUCGGGUCGACUCUCGAGCGCUGCAGCGCGCCCCGGCCGUGUCGCAAUGUCGCGCCAGCAUGUGUGAGGAGACAGGAGAAAUAGAUCGAAAGCCCAGUGUUAGAUAGAUUUUCCCCUGGCCACAGUAGAAAGAGUAAACCAAAAAAGGGGAGAAGCCGCGC